GUUUCUUGAUGACGUAGUUUGUAUGCGGCUAAAUUUGUCUAUUGUGUUUAUCUUGAGCUGUCUACGGUUGAUUCGUGAAUGGACACGGCGUUUUUAUUAAGUAGUCCAAUUGCCCAUUUGAACAUGGACUGGAAAACUGCUUAGAUAUCGUUUAGCUGUGCACAUCUGUGAAAAUGAACAAAGGGUGGCUGGAGCUUGAGAGUGAUCCAGGGCUGUUUACACUGCUGGUGGAAGACUUUGGCGUGAAAGGUGUCCAGGUGGAGGAAAUAUAUGAUCUACAAAGCAAGUGUCAGAGCCCUGUCUAUGGAUUCAUAUUCCUGUUCAAGUGGAUUGAGGAACGCCGGUCUAGGAGGAAAGUUAACACCUUGGUGGAUGAGACCUCUGUUAUUGAUGAGGAAAUUGUAAAUGAUAUGUUCUUUGCUCAUCAGUUGAUCCCAAACUCAUGCGCCACCCACGCAUUGUUGAGUGUGCUUUUGAACUGCAGUGGUGUUGAGCUUGGAACUACUCUGAGUCGCAUGAAGGCUUUCACAAAAGGAUUCAGUCCUGAGAGCAAAGGUUAUGCAAUAGGAAAUGCCCCAGAGCUUGCUAGAGCACACAACAGCCAUGCCAGACCGGAGCCCAGGCACCUACCUGAGAAACAGAAUGGGAUCAGUGCAGUGCGGACCAUGGAAGCCUUCCACUUUGUAAGCUAUGUGCCCAUCAAAGACAGACUCUUUGAGCUUGAUGGACUCAAGGCAUACCCCAUUGAUCAUGGUCCUUGGGGAGAGGAGGAGGAAUGGACUGAUAAAGCUCGGCGAGUUAUCAUGGAGAGGAUUGGACUGGCCACUGCUGGUGAGCCGUACCAUGACAUCCGUUUCAACCUGAUGGCCGUGGUUCCUGACCGCAGAAUGAAAUACGAGUCCAAACUGGAAAUUCUAAAGAAGAAUAGACAAACUGUCCUGGAGGGUCUACAGAAGAUGAUCCGGCUCACCCAGCCAGACCUUGUCCACGAAAAGAAGCAACAAGACACUUCCACUCAUGAUGACUCGACUACAGCGAUGAAGAAAGAGAACGACGCGGAACCUGUAACAUCCCAGGCCGGUGAUAAGGCUUCUUCAGAUUCAGUGGAUGAGUCAGGAGGUCAAGCCAAGGAAAAUCCCAGCUCUGCAGGGAACACAAAGGUCAUGGGCAAACCCCCCGUCCCCACUGCUGGAGGUGCUCAGCAAGUCACUAGUCCCAAUCCUAUUGUUCAGCGCCUGCCUGCUUUCUUAGACAACCACAACUACGCUAAGUCUCCUAUGCAGGAGGAGGAAGAUCUAGCUGCUGGAGUUAGUCGCACUCGAAUACCAGGACCUCCUCAGCCAAGAUCCUCUGAUGAAGAUGAUUAUGAGGAUGAUGAGGAGGAAGUAACUGGUUCCACAAGCACAUCUAGCAGGUUUAGACGGAAAGCAAGCUUGCGUUCACGGCCAGGACGGGUCACAACUGGAAUGGAGAGCCAGAUUGCUCUCAGUGUCUUGGCUGAGAAACUUAAGAAGGAAGCUCAAAGGAAGGAUGCCCUAAAUACACCUCUUUCAGUGCGCACAGAAGGUCGCACCGGGGGCAUUUGCAUCACGUCUGCUUCACAGCCUUCGCCAACGCCGAGCAAUGAGAGCACUGACACUGCCUCAGAGAUUGGCAGUGCCUUCAACUCCCCGCUGCGAUCACCAGCACGCUCCCAGGCUGCCACGCGCCCGUCCAGUCCAGUUGCAUCCCAUCUGUCUCGUGUGCUCUUUGGAGAAGAUGAGAUGCUGAGACUUGACUCUAGGCAUAACCGUGCCGUAAGAGAACUGGGUCCCUCUGUCAGUAUAGCCUUGUUACACCUACAGGAAGAUGGUGUCAUCUACGCUCUCCCUCCAUCUGACUUAGCUGCCGAAGGCACAAAACGACCUAGUACUCCUGAGAAGACAAAAGAGAAAGUUCAGGGAGGCCUUGUAUCAGGAGAGAAAGAAGAAGUGAACAAAGGAGAUGAGCGACCAGUUGUGGAGGUGAAGGAUGAAGAAACCAAAGACGGGUCAGAGUUAAAGCCCACUAAGGAAAAACUGAAUGCUAUGGAAAAUGCAGCAGACACCAAGUCCCCUAGGGAUAAGUACUCCCCCAAAGAACUGCUUGCACUGCUGAAGUGUGUGGAAGCUGACAUUGCCAAUUAUGAAGUGUCUCUAAAGGAGGAAGUGGAAAAGAGAAAGAAAUACAAAAUUGAUGAUCAGAGGAGGACUCAUAAUUAUGACGAAUUCAUCUGCACCUUCAUAUCAAUGCUGGCCCAAGAAGGAAUGCUGGCCAGCCUUGUGGAGCAGAACAUUUCUGUGCGUCGGCGGCAGGGUGUAAGUAUCGGACGCUUGCACAAACAGAGGAAGCCUGAUCGCAGGAAACGCUCCCGACCUUACAAAGCCAAGCGCCAGUAAUUAUCAAUAGUCAUAUUUUCUGUAAGUUGCAUAGAAAAAAACUAAUUAGCUGCACCUUCUCAUUAAUGCAUAUGAGUAAUAUACAGUAGUCAGAGCCUCCAAUGCCUAACAAGAUCAGCAGUGUGUUCACAGUUCUUUUACCAUUUAUGUAUGGAUUUAACUCAAUUUUAGAGUCUGUAAAUCUUCUUGUGCCAUUGGUCUUGUAAAUAUGAAAAAAGUGUCUCCAAUAAUGCACCAUAAUAUUGAAGGAUCUCUACAGACUUGUGAUCUUGUGAUCAGUUUGGGUUGAUUGUUGGAGUAUGAUAUAUUUCUCACAAUGCCCUCUGUAUUUCACAUUGUAAAACUGUUCUUAGAUAUGAAUUAUUGCUUUCUCGUCAAUAUCUGUCAUUUAAUAUUUUCACAGUGCCAAUGAAGUAUUGAAUGUUUGGGUAAACAAUGUCAUGUGUUUUAAUCCUCCAUUGCAUUGCAGCUUAAAUCCAUUCAGCGUAGGUGUUUCAGUAUAUAACACAAAAAAGCAUAUUUUAAUUGCAUUUUUACAGGCAGUCUUAAUCUGGGUCAGGUCUUUUUCUUUGUUACAAGACUUCCCAGUGACCAUGGAUCUCUGUUUAUAAAUAUUUUCCUGCAAAUGAACAAACUCUUUGUAAGUGAACCAAGUCUCAAGUGAGUGAAUAUUGAGUGGACUGUGUGCUGUUGUUUUGUACAUAUGUAUCUGUAUCUGUUAAGUGCCCGUCAUGUACGACGAGUGCAGAUCUUGCUGGUUUAUACUGAAAUAAAGUCAGUUGAAAUAU